AUGCAAACAACCGCAGUAGCUAGGAGCAUAGAUUCAUUAUUACACAACCGCGAUCAUUUGGGGCUCUUCCUUGCUGUCUCUGUUUUCUAUCUCCAGUUCUGCAAAAUCGAUCGGUGAUCACCAUUGUCUAGCCUCAUCGCAACUCGCAACCGCCGGCUUUUGCAGAAUAAACUCUCCGUUCUAAGUCAAAGUCGUUUUCAAUAACAUGAAAGGUUCAAAACAGCAGCUUAUUGACACACUGACCUCCCACAUUUCUCUGUACCAGUCACACUCAUCAUCCCCUCCUACAUGUCCUAACCCUAGAUCAUCAAUUUUAAAAUGGUUCUCAUCCCUCACAGUUCAUCAAAGGCAAGCUCAUCUCACCAUCGUCGACGCGAAAUUCACUCAGGUCCUCUUCCAAAUGCGCCGCAAGCUGAAAUCAAAUGGUCAUGGAUUCUUCAUUAUUCUCCCGGAUAUCCUGGACAACACAUGCAACGGUCUUCCAAGCAUCUGUUUUCGGAAGUCCCAUGGACUUCUAACUAGAGUUGCAGAAAACAACGAGGCCGAAAGGUUAAUUCGAGAUGCAAUAAGGCUUUUUGACUCAAAAGAAGGGGAGGGGAUUGAUGAGGGGUCGUAUUCAGCUAAUUGUUUAGAUUCUUUAACUGUAUGCGAGGAUCUUGUGGAAAGCGUAGAUAGGUUUGUGGAUGCCAUGGAUGCCGUUUCAAAUGGGAGAUUUUUGAGGGGAGAGGAAAGCUGUAUUGGGUCGGAAUGGGCGGAACUGGACUGGCUCAAAUCGAAAGGGUAUUAUAGUGUAGAGGCAUUUAUGGUAAAUAGAUUGGAGGUGGCAUUAAGGUUGUCGUGGUUGAAUUGCACCAAUUGUAAGACUAAGAAGAUGGGGGUGAAGUUGAAAGAUAAAGUGAAUUCAGCUGGUUUAGCUGCAAAUACAUUUUGGAGGAAGAAGGGGUGUGUAGACUGGUGGGAAAAGCUUGAUGAAGCAUCAAAGCGGAAGGUGUUUCUAACUGCUUUGGGGAAAGUUGCAAAAUCUCUGGCUGCAGAUGUUUACAAUGGGAAAAAAUGUGUACGUGAUGAUAAAAUGUGGCACUAUGGUGACAUAGCGGACCAACCAUUUAGGUGCAACAAUAAGCUGUCAAACCAAGAAAGCCCUGCCAAUUUCAGCACCACAUUUGAAUGUUCUUCACAGAACAAAAUCCCUACAUCUCUGUCUCAGAUGCCAUCAUCAUUGAUUUGUGCACUUGAAGGUUUAUCUAUUCUUCAAAAUAUUUCCAUCAUGUUAUUUGAAUUUCAGCAUAUUUAUUAUGAAAGAGAAAGGCUGUACUUUAGCUCCUUAGAAUCUAUUAGCUCAAUUACUGAUUGUAUAUUAAGAAAGCUGCGAGUUUUACUAAUGGUGAUCUCACUUGAGUGUACUAAAGUUGAAUUAUUAGAGGAUGUACAAAUAAAGUCAUCUUUAAAGAAAAACAAGGAGAAACUUGGCCCCAGCAACACUAAAAAAAGCAGGAAGAACAGUAAAACUAAAAAGAAGAAUCAUGUUUCAAAGCUAGCAACAAAUGAUGUUGCACUUGUGGAACGUCCUGAGGAUGAUGCAUUUGGAUUGGCUUAUGGUGAAAAUGCAAAGAUUUGUUCACCUAGUAGCUUGGAUGACAAGGUGCAGCAGAUGAAAUUUGUAAAAGAUACUAUUCCUGCAACACUUCACAUGGGAAGUGGAGAAGGACAACAUACUAAAACUACCCCAAGCAUUUCUAGGAAGAAAAAAGAAAGAAAUAAGCGUAAAAACUAUUGCCCCAGUGUUCCUGCAGAAGCAGGAAAUCAUCAGCUAGGCCUUAUUAAGCUUUCCACUCUACCUCUGACCUGUGAAGACCAGCAUGCGACAUCUGGUUUCAUAUCUGAAACUUCAGCUGUUGAGAAGAGGUCAGCAGUUGAUACUAUUAAGGAUAAUGACAACGUUGAACCAACAUCAACUUGUUCUACUGGUUGUGCAGAUCGAAUAGCAAGUUCUGCUCCAAUGCUCUUCCGGACCUCAGAGAGUGUGAUAGAAAAUGAAAGGUCAGCUGUUGGAUUAGAAACCAUAAAUCAAGAUAUCAUUUGCAGUGUAACUUCUCCAAUGCCUUCAGUUGAAAUUGGUAAAAAUUGUGAAACCCAUGAUAAAAGCAUUAAAAGUGUUAUUGGCUUAAAUAUAGAGGGGAUGAACCUAGGUGCAUUGAGAAAGCAAGACAAAAUUGGUGAUCAGGAAGCAAAAAUAUUCUCAUUUCAGGAGCGUGGAAGUAUUGAUGUGUAUAAUAGUGGGCCUGCGCGUGCUCCAACUUACCUUUCUUAUGAAUGGCCCAAUGUAGCUCCUAUCCACUUCCCGUCGGGUAACUCACAUCUUCCACCUGCCACUGAUAGACUGCAUCUGGAUGUUAGUCAUAACUGGCAACGCCAUUAUCGCCAAUCUUAUGUACGUGCUGUACAUCAUGUAAGGAACCCCCCAAUUGAAUCAGGGCAUACUGGCAUUAUGCCUAGACCAUUAGCAGUGAGCCUAGACUGGCCACCUAUAUUACGCGGUGCUAAUGGAGUAGCUCCAUCUGUCACCUGCAAUUAUGACACUGGAUUUAUCACAAGGCGACCAUCUUUUCAACAUGACUUGGCUAAACAAAGCAUUCACCGCAGCACAGUGAGUGUUGAUGAUGAAAGACUGUAUUCUGGUGAAAUAAUCGAUUUUUCCGAGUCCACAAAUGCACAGGAAGUGUGUGAUGAACAUGAAAAUUACUGUAUGCCAGAAGAAGAAUUAGAGGUCCAUGGCUGUCCUGGUGUGGAUUAUAACGAAUACUUUGGUGGUGGUGUGAUGUACUGGAAUCCUUCUGAUUUUACAGGGACCAGCUUUUCGCGUCCUCCCUCGCUUAGUUCAGAUGAUAGUUCUUGGGCUUGGCGAGAGGCAGAUAUGAAUAGGGCUGUUGAUGACAUGGUUGCCUUCUCUUCCUCUUACAGUACAAAUGGUUUGACUUCACCAUCUGCUACUUCUUUUUGCUCUCCCUUUGACCCUUUAGGCUCUGGAACUCGUGGAUAUGUGAUAUCAGGAAGUGAAGUUAAUACUGGCAAGGUUGCACAAUCAUCAAUUGCCACAUCGAUAGAUAUAGUGGUAGAUGAGAAGAAUGCUCCAGCUUCCUUGUCCAAUGUAUCUGUUGAUAAUGAGGCAAAGACUGUUGAUGCAUUUCCAUAUCCCAUUCUUCGACCAAUUAUCAUCCCAAAUAUGUCAAGGGAAAGAUCAAGAUCGGAUUUUAGGCGUAGUCAUGAUCGUAGAAGUCCUUGCAUCCCUCCUAGGCAGGAGCAACCUCGGAUCAAGAGGCCACCAUCACCCGUGGUCCUUUGUGUUCCACAUGCCCCUCGACUGCCUCCUCCUCCUCCUGUUGAUGAUUCCAGAAGAGAAAGAGUUCCAACGGUCCGCUCUGGUAGUUCAAGCCCUAGGCAUUGGGGUAUGAAGGGCUGGCUUCAUGAUGAAGUAAAUUUUGAAGAAGCUUGUAUACGCAUGGAUGGCAGUGAAGUAGUUUGGCCACCAUGGAGAAGUAAAAGCUUUUCAGGUCAUCAGUUAACACAGCCUCUGACCGGAGCCUUACUGCAAGAUCACUUAAUUGCAAUAUCACAGUUAACUCAGCACGAGCAUCCAGAUGCUUCGUUUCCUCUACAACCUUCUGAAAUGCGGAGCUGCUCCUCGGAAAAGGCAUCUCUGAGUUCAAUCCACAUCAAUCUUCAUGAAGAAAUCAACACAUUCUAUAAACAGGUUGCUGCUGAGAAUUUGAUCAGGAAACCUUACAUUAAUUGGGCCGUGAAGCGUGUCACACGUUCACUACAAGUCUUAUGGCCCAGAUCCAGGACAAACAUUUUUGGUUCAAAUGCAACAGGUUUGUCACUUCCUUCAAGUGAUGUUGACCUUGUGGUCUGUCUUCCUCCAGUGAGAAAUUUGGAACCCAUUAAGGAAGCUGGUAUCCUGGAGGGACGCAAUGGUAUCAAGGAAACAUGCCUUCAGCAUGCAGCAAGAUAUCUUGCUAACUUGGAGUGGGUUAAAAAUGACUCUCUCAAGAUUGUGGAGAAUACUGCUAUACCUAUUAUCAUGCUUGUGGUGGAAGUUCCUCAUGAUCUCAUUACCACUUCUUCACAUUCCCAAACACCAAAAGCCCACACAACUAGGGAAGGCAAUCCUUUCCAGGUUGACGGUGCUAGUUCAGAAAGCUGUACAUCCCCCAAAUGGCCCAAGAUGGAUGCUUCUGUCAAGAAUGUAAAAUCAGUCCGUAUUGACAUUAGUUUCAAUUCACCAUCACAUACAGGCCUGCAGACCACUGAGCUGGUAAAAGAGCUUACUGAACAGUUUCCUGCAACUAAACCUCUCGCUUUGGUAUUAAAGCAGUUCUUGGCAGAUCGAAGCCUAGCUCAGUCAUAUUCUGGUGGUUUGAGCUCAUAUUGUCUUGUAUUACUGAUAAUACGUUUUUUGCAGCAUGAGCAUCAUCAUGGUCGCUCCACUAUCCAAAAUUUUGGAAGUCUGCUCAUGGAUUUCUUCUAUUUCUUUGGGAAUGUGUUUGAUCCUCGUCAAAUGCGUAUCUCAAUACAUGGUAGUGGAUUAUACAUAAAUAGGGAAAAGGGAUGCAGCAUUGAUCCAAUUUAUAUAGAUGACCCACUUUUUCCGACCAAUAAUGUGGGUCGGAAUUGCUUUCGUAUAAAUCAAUGCAUCAAGGCAUUUGCAGAUGCUUAUUGUACAUUGGAGGAUGAGAUGUCUUCCCUUCCAAGCAAUGGUGACACAGAUGCAAGAUUACCUUCACUUAAGCUACUUCCUAAAAUUAUUCCAAGCAUUAUGCAUUUGGAUGGUCCGAUGGAUUCCGAUUAUCAAGAGAUUAACCAUAUUCCAUGUUGUUGAGAUGUGUGCGGUUGGUGAAAUAGCUUGCAAUGUUUUUGAGCAUAUUGGAGUUGUGGUUGGUUGACCUCCACAGAUCAGAGUAACCCUUCAUGUAUUGAUUGCAAAUGGAUGAUAGCUGUAACAUCUUCAAACUGUUGUUGGAAGUAAAAUGCAACUCCAAGAAGUUAUUCUGUGCUUCUAGACACUCUCAAGCCAUCAGUUGGUACUUUGUAUUCCCUGCACAACCAAAUUAUAGAUCUUAGAAGAAUAGUCACUUUACUGGCUAAUUUGAAAUUGUGGGAGCCUUUGCGGCACUGGGGUAAAUUAUGAAUGAUCAACAAAAGAUGUUUCCCUGCUAGUUGCAGCCAUGCUAUUUAUCUGCCUUUUUUAAAGCUAAGCUUUCUAUGGGCUCACUCUUACCUGAUCUCAUUAUUUACUCUUAUGGAGCAAUGUUAUGGCUCCACCUAUGUAACUUUUUGAUCUAUCAAAUCAAGUGCUUAUACUCUUAUGAGUUACGAAUGUAAAAAAUAAAUGAGACAUUCCUGCGGUAUUUAGCCUUUUAAGGUAGUAGACAUGAAAUUCUGAACUUUUUACAUAGAACUUGGAACUGAAAAUGAAAACACUUCAGUUCAUUUGUAGUCAGACUUGGGAUUAUUAAAAAGUGAGAAAGAUACAGUUGAGAGUUACUGAUAGUUUCAGCUCUCUUAUUAAUCUAUCAAUUGCUCACAGCACACAUUUGUCAGAGUAUGCCUUGUUAUUUUGCCCAGAUCCUAUGGCAUAUUGGGACAAAGUACCGCCAAUCUGCUCACAACUUGAAUUCUAGUAUUUCACUAUUUCAUGACUAUAGGAUUUGAACAUGCUUUAGUGAUUGAACUUUAUGCAAGGCUAUAAACAGCGCAAAAAACUCUUGUAUUCAUAUCUUUGGUUUCGCUUUUGCUAAUUGGAAUCAAAUUGACUCUCUCUCUCUCUCUCUACAUUCUAGGUAAUAAGGAUGAACUCAAAAAACUCUUGUAUUCAUAUCUUUGGUUUCGCUUUUGCUAAUUGGAUAUUGGAUUUGCUCCUACCUGAAAGGUGGUGUAAUGAAGCUGGAAUACAUCGAUGUGGCAAUAAGAGAAAUCUGUAUACACUGUGGCCUGACGCCUGUGCAUGAUGUCAUUUUACAUGGGAAUAUCCUAUAAUUAAUAUUUGUAACUUUCUUCAUUGUUGUGCAUAGAAACCCGAAUGUUACCAUGGCCAUUAUCAAAUAUAUAUAUUCAAUGCUAAUGGUUAGGUAACUGGAUGUAUUAAUAGUGUACUGUAAAAGGUUUUAUGAAGGCCAGAUAGGUGAAAACAUAUCUUAAACAUUGGUAAAUUUAAGGCUUGAAUUCAGUGGAGUUUAGCACUUUGCAUCCUAUGUUUCAUUCUACUUGCAGCUGUAGAGACUACGUC